AAUGAACCAAAUGAGCAAUCCGGCAUACUCAGGCAUGAACAGGAGCAUGUACCAGCCGAAUCCGCAGUACAACAUGGGACCACAGUCGGGAGCUGGGCCACAGCCAGGUAUGCAAGGAUGGUCGACUCCUGGCAGCAUGCCCCAGAACUACGGCGCUUACCAAUGACCGCGAACCCACUGAGCUGGUCUCGUCGCACACGUACACCACCUUCACAAAUUCUUGUAAAUCCUUGGACAGAUCGAGGCUUUACUCCAGUAGGGCUACCAGCAUCGAUACCCCUUGAGAAACGGCGUUGGCGUUUUAUUUCACAUUGACGGGUUGUUGCUUGGCAUCAACCACAUACGACCCCAGAAUCACUGUUUCAUGCAUGCUGUGCGCCCGAAUUGACCGGUGGCGCUUUCUGCACUCAUAUUCAACUGCAUCGGCGUUCUCUUUACGCACGGUUUCGGCUUUCUGCUUUUCGAUUCACGCGUCGCGUUGCGUACGGGUUUGAUCUAUGUUCCCCGCGGUGGCUUUCGCUCGGUUCGAUAUGUUUUCGAGAUUGGAAUUCUGUGCGUGAAGAUUUCUUGCUUUGGGUGGCAUUAAUAGCAUAGCGGCAUGGACGAUUGGUCGGUGACGAUACCCAGAUUGCUUUCGAUUGACAGUGGCCUUUUGCAUAUUUUCGAAUUUGCAUGGGAAUGAGUCCACUUGCUUCCACCUAGCUUUGAUAUUGGGUAGACUUUAGUUGAAGACGAGCAAUGCAGGUCCGAGAUCAACG